AGAUGCCUAAUUUAUUUUUUCCAGACUGACGGUAAAACAAGACUCGAGAGGCAGGAAAGAGGUGAGAGGAGUAAGAGAUGAAGAAGGCAGGCAGGAUGUGUGCUGGGUGAACUAAUCCGCAAUGCCUAAUUGGUGUCGACGACCUCGUAUUCACCGACUACUGCUUAUUGUGUUGGUGGUUGGGACAGCGCUGGUGUUUGUGAGUCUGCUGCUGGCUGCUGUGGGUGAAGAUAAUGAUGACUCUGACACCUGGCCUCCACACCAUCUCCCUCACCACCAACAUCGGCACUACAGUCAACAUGCCCCAAAGAUGACACAAGACCUGGUUGGUCCUGGGGUGGUAGUGAGUGUGGUGGAAGAGGAGAGCUUGCUGGAGCGUCUGUUACCUGGUGGCGGUGCCCCGCACACCCUGCUCAUCCUCAACAUGACUCAUCCACCCUCGCCAGAACUUCACUGCCUCAAUACCAGGUGUGAUCCCGAGUACCCAGUGUGUCCUCAUGAUGCUUCCAAUGACAGGUACAUCUCUCAGCAGCUACUGAGAGAAGGCACCUGGGAGCCACACAUCAUCACACUCUUCUCAGCUGCUUUGGCCUACUACCCGUCAAGCACUGUGGUUGAUCUAGGUGCUCAUGUAGGUGUGUACAGCCUACUAGGAGCACGGUUGGGUGCAUGGGCGGUUGCGGUGGAGCCAGUGUGGUCAUCAGCAGUAAGACUACAUGCUGGUGCUGUGGCUGGGGGGGUGGCCAGCAAGGUCACCAUUUUGCUUCAUGCAGUAGCUGACCACCGUUUCCAUGCUAAGUUACACUACCGUGAGGGUAACCUUGGUGGAACGUCAGUAGUGAAGGCAACACCGAGGGAGGCAGAGAUCAUCAGGAAGUCACGACCUCAUGACCAAGUCACCACAAUCACUUUGGAUCACCUCAAGUCAUUUGUCAACACUUCUCAUGUCCUCCUUAAGAUUGAUGUUGGUCAGUUGAUGGUUCAUCAUUAUGAUCAUUAUUGUCAUUAUUAUAAGCACUACUUUUAUUAA